GCAUUGACGGAAAGGAACCAACCAGAAAUACCAGAUUCACAUCUAUAAAGCACCCAGCGACCUGGGACUGCUGCAAACACUUUGUGCUUCACUCGCUCGGAGACAGAGCUGCAAAGACGCCCCGCUGAGUGCUGUUUGCUGGUACGGCCAUUGCUAGGAUGUCCACCAAAAGACUCAGCCAAGGAUCAGAGGAAGUUAUCAAGCGUGGAUGCCUGAUCAAGUCUCCGCCCUCUUCUUUCAUUAAAGGGUGGAAAAGACGUGAAUUUAAGCUUUGCAGGAGCCCCGAUGAAACAUAUUCCCUCAACUACUACAGCUGGGAUGGAGCCACCGAGACCAGGAGAGGCUCCAUAAACAUCAGCGAGAUUCAGAGCAUCACUAAAGGCUCGGCUAGUAAAGAGGACCUUGCGGCAACCCUAAAGGCGUGUAGGUGCUCCCCAGAGAACGUCUUAGUGGUACGAACAGACAAACGCACUUAUUUCCUGGCUGACGAAGAUCCGAAUGAGAUUGAGGAUUGGUACAACCACCUCACAGAAUCCGUGGAAAGGAUCCAAUCAAAUAACAAAAGAUUCAUCUUUCCAAGUCCAAGUUCUUCAAUUUCAAGACCGUAUACUGGGCCUUAUUCUCCACAUUGGGACAGGACCCCGAUCAACGUCUUCGCUUAUGAUUUCAAUCAGCCGUCUCUCAUGGACAACAGGAUCCGCCCCAAAUCCUACCCACAAUCCACUUACAGAUCCCACGGGCCAAUCAUCGAUUUGAAGAGAUGGGACCCCCAAGCCGACUCAAGCCCCUCCAGCGAGCCCUUCCAUCUGUAUGAAGACAUACCCCCUCAACUGCCCCCACUGCCCCCUAAGCAGAAAAGAGGCACAGUGAGUGAUGCCGCCCCAUCAGAACCAAUCAACCAAAAUACUCCCCCCCUGCCCAAGGUUACCCAGCAGAUGAGCAAUGAAUCCUCGGGUUUUACUGAUCUGAGCGACACAGAAUGUGAUGUUUCCUACAUGGAAAUGUACUCUGUAAUAGAGAAAUGCAAAAGAGAAAUAAAGCAAGAAAGGGACAUGGAAUGUACAGACAGCAGAGAAGAAGCCAAUAUACCCCAGGGGGGGCAACUUAUACAGACUGGCACAUCUCCAAUAAAUAAAGAGCAAGAACCAAACGAUCCCCAGGAAAAAGAAGUCAAAGUUCCGAAAGAUCAGCUGCAAAAAUAUUUAGAUGUAGAGCAGGUUGGCGAGUGUGUGUGCGUCUGCAAUUGGAGGGGCCCCAGCGAGACCCCCUGCCUGUUCAGCUGUGGGGACCGUAUUCACUCCAUUAACAGCAUCCGGCUAAAGAGCCUGGAAUUCUUCCUACAGCUGCUAAAGAGCGCGACCAACAGUGAGGUGACUCUAACAAUUAUCCGGGACUCUAACGCCGCCGUUCUGCCCACGGGGGGCUGUUCCAGCGCCGGAUCCUGAGCCCAGCACAGACGAUUCAGAUAAUGGGAUAUGGAGCUGCCAAUCAGGACGCCCAGAGGAAUUGUGGGGCGCCCGUUGCAUCCAAGGACCAAUCACAGACCAGAUCUUCUGUUUGGGGCCCAAGGGCACCAUUUUGUAAUCCUUUGACCUACUGACCCUGCCUUUAGGGUCCAACCAGUUCUGCCCCCCAACAGUUACCUCCUCCCUGGCCCCCCUGGCUGCCCUGCUCCACUUAACCAGCGUUGCCAUGGGAACAAUUACUAGAUGAGGUUCAAAGAGUAUCCACUACAGCCAAUCAGUGAUCCAAGAACUGAGGAAAGGAAACCAAGGAGAUCAUAACACUGAGUUGGACUGUUCUGAUCCGGUGACUGUGCCCGUCUGUGCCGUCAUACUGAAAUAAUACUGGGGAGCAGAGCGACACCCCCAUAUGUGCAGUUAAAGGGACGCUCACAUCACAAUAAAUGUGCAUUUUUUCCUGAA